CCAUCUCUAGAUUUGAAUCCUUUAUAACUGUUGCGCGCUCUGGAGUUUCUUAAUCUCCAGGCUCAGGUCAUUGCAGUUUUCUGGAGCGGAGGCGAGGGCCCGGAGAAGGCUGAGAGGAUAAGGGAGAACCCCUCGUGAGUUCUCCCGACCGCCUCUGAAGGAUGAAGAAGAUUUUCAGCUUCGGCAGAAAGAGAGAGCUGUCUCCCUCUCGAGCCUCCUUCCCCCCGCGGAGGGACAGCGGGGUCCAAGCUUUCGGUCCUAACUCAGGAUACCUCGUCAGGGCCAAGGACCUGGGGAAGAUCCACAAAGCUGCCUCCAUCGGGGAUGUGGCGAAGGUGCAGCAGCUGCUGCUGCUGGGGAAGUCCGGCGUGAACGAUCGGGAUAAAGUGAACCGGACACCUCUACACCUUGCCUGUGCUAAUGGAUAUCCAGAUGUUGUUUCUCUCUUAGUAGAGAGAAAAUGCAAUCUAAACCUGCUUGACAAUAACAGUCUAACGCCUCUAAUUAAGGCAGUAGAGUGUCAGCAGGAGGAGUGUGCAACUAUCCUGCUUGAACAUGGUGCAGACCCUAAUCUUGUGGACGCCAACAGCAACACAGCACUUCACUAUGCUGCCUCUGGACAGAACACAGCUAUAGCAGCAAAACUGCUUAGACAUAAAACAGAUAUUGAAGCAAAAAACAAGGAAGGGUAUACACCACUUUUGCUUGCAAUUAGAGAAAAUAAUCAAGAUAUGGUAGAUCUUCUCUUAAAGAAUGGAGCAAAUGUGAAUGCCUCGGAUAAGUCUAAAAGAACAGCCCUGAUGAUUGCUGUCAGUGGUGAACCAACAGGCAUAGUCAGUCUUCUUCUUCAGUAUGAUAUUGAUCUCUCUUGCCAAGAUACAUAUGGAUGGACAGCUGAGGAAUAUGCUAUUUUCAGUGGUCAUUCCAUUCAUCGCCAACUAAUUAAUCAGUAUGGAACACAGAAGGCACUUAAUCAGCCCCUUUCACCCCAAAUCGGCAGUUCAGAGAGGGCUUCUGAUCCAGAAUUUACUUUGGGUGGACCUGCUAUGGACCAGGAAGAUACUAAAGAGAAUAAAAAAGCUACAGGAGUUUGGGGACCAGGGAACAGAGGUUUGAAAGAAAUACAGGAAUCUCCAGUGCAAACAUCAAGAGCAAGAAUUUCAGGGAAAGUGGAAGAAAAUUCCCUGGAAGAAUCUAUAAGCAGAUUCUCUGACAAACCUGGGGCUGAUGAUUCCUGGCCAACCACAGAUGAAGAAGAAUUAGAUUUUAGUAUUAAGAAACUCCCCAAGUCGAACUUAACCAAAAUAAUAAGUGCUUCUCAGCAGAUAAGGAAAACCAUAGAUGAAAAGAGUAGCACUGUCAAUACAGAACAUAGAACUUUUCUUGGGCACAAUCAAUCAGAUAGCGAAAAAGAAGAUGUGACAGAUUCCCUUCCUAAGCCUUCAUCCCAAGCCCAGUGCUCCCCUCAUCCUGUCCAUCCCUCACUUGGCUCCUUUUCAAGGUCUUCCCAGAUGAUGUCUACUCUUCUGGGCAUUAAUAAGGAAGAAUCACCAGAGUCAGAGGAGGAAGAAAAGGAAGAUGUUGUAUCAGUUGACAAUGGUACUGGAGAACGAACACCUCCUGAAACUCCAAAUCUUCCCAAUGAAGUUCAGGCUCACCAUACAUCAGAGAGUUGUGCUGUUAGAAAAGAUAUGAUGUCAGCAUUAGGAUUGGAAGAGGAAGAAGAUGCAGAAUCACCUUGGGAUUCAGAGUGUACCACUGAAAGUCUUCCCAGAGGAUCUGCCAGGCAUGUACCUACAGCCACAAAUCAAACAGUAAAAGACAAUAUUUCAAUGGAACAACACGAAGAUUAUCUUGAGAGACAUCCUAAUUUGAAGCCCCUUCAACCCACUAUUGAAAUGAAAGAUUCUUUCACAAACCAAGAAGCAGAAAAAGGAGUUAAGGAAAAACAAAAGUCACAUUUAAUGGAAGAAUUUGGUUUAGAUGAUGCAGAUGACAUGGAUGAUGCUUCUGAUUGGGAUUCUCCCAGUACUUCUCAGAAAAGUAAGAGUUACAGAAGUUACAAGGAUUUGAAUUUUAAUGGGAAUUAUCCUCGCCCAUCACUGCCACUGACCAAAAAUCAGUCAGGAUCCACAGAAUUUGGAAAGAUUCCUUUAAAAGAAGAUGAAGCAGCUAGAGCUGGAAGUGGCCCUGAGACUGAGUUUAGGGAUGUGAUUCUAGAAGAAAAACCAGUCCCUCAGAAGGAGUGUGAACCACAGCUCCCUCUAAAAGAAGAGGAAAGUAAAAAAGGAUCAUCAGAGGAAGGCCAAGAAAGUUUUGAUAAAAGUGACCAGGAACAGGACCAAGUACAGAUGGAUGCAGGUGAUCUUGAUGACCUCACUCAGUCAUCUGACAUAGCUACAGAGGAUUAUGAUUUACCUCCCUUAAACAAUAAGAAUGUUUUGUUAUUGAUCGAACAACUUAGUGUUGAUUGUAAAGAUCCUAUUAGCCUUUUGAAAAUUCAGGAUGCAGUUCUUAGAUAUGAACGAUCGGUAGAACUUAAAAAAGGACAUUGUUCACUACUCGCCGGAAAAGUUAAGAGUUUAGAAAACAAGAUUACUGGACUACAAGAAGAAUUAUCAGAAUCAAGAGAAAUGAAAUCCCAGUUAGAGCAUCAAAAAGCAGAAUGGGACAGAGAACUCUCUAGCCUCAGGUUUACACUGAAGCAAGAGGAAGUAAAGCGAGUGACUGCCGAAAUGCUAUUUGAAAAAAUUAGAGAACAGUUAAGAAGAAAAGAAGAACAACAUAGUAAAGAAGUGGAGCUAAAACAGCAACUUGAAUUCACUCUUAGAACUCUGGAGCUUGAACUGAGAACAGUAAGAAAUACUUUGAAACAGGUUGAAGAAGAGCGAAAUGACGCUCAAAGACAACUUUCUCAGGAGCAGAGUGCCAGAGCUUUGCAAGACAGAAUUCUGAAUAAUCCUGUUUGGAAGCAAAAGGAAAUAGAAGCAGCUGCUUCCAAAAGGAUUCAGAGUUCUGAGGUUCCUGAGAGUCAUGAAAAAGAAAAAUAUCUCCUGCAUAAAAAUCAAAACCUACAGGAUGAAGUUGCCAUGCUCAAGCUGGAACUAGACACAGUAAAAAUUAAGGAUCAAGAAAAGGAAAAUCAGUAUACAGAAGAAAAUGAAGUUUUAAAAGAAAAGAAUGAUGAGCUUCAAAAGGAAUUGAAACUGAAUGAAGAAGCAUUAACAAAAACAAUAUCUCAGUACAGUGGACAAGUAAAUGUUCUGACAACUGAGAAUGCAAUCCUGAACUCUAAAUUGGAAAAUGAAAAACAGAACAGAGACAGACUAGAGACAGAAAUUGAAUCAUACCGUUCCCGUCUGACUUCGGCUAUUCGUGAUCAUGAACGAAGUCAGACAUCAAAAUUGGACCUUGAACAUAGCUUUCAACGAGAACAAGACGAGUGGCUUCGUUUACAGGACAAACUAAAUUAUGACUUGUCUAGUCUAAGAGAGAACAAUGGUAUCCUUUCUCAAGAGCUAUCUAAAGCUGAAAGUAAAACCAGUAGUUUAGAAAAUGAGCUAUACCAUGUACAUGAUUCCCUCAGAGAAAAGACACUCAUUUUAGAAAACACACAGAGAGAAUUAAACCAGGCCCAAUAUAAAGCAAAGGAACUUGAACACGCAAAUCAAAUGGAAAAGGAAAAACUGAACAAAUGUAUCAUGAAAUAUGAAUCUAUCCAAGAAAGAUUAGGCCAAAUCCAGAGUGAAAAUAUGUUGCUUCGGCAACAGCUUGAAGAUGCCCAAAACAAAGGCAUCCUUAAAGAAAAUGUAUUGAGUGAUGCCCAGGUACAGUUUAUUGAUCUUUUCAAUAAACUUCGUGCUGAUACGGAAAAACAAGUUCAUUUGGUAGAAGACAGAAAUAAAGAGUUAAUCAGUGAAUGUAACCACUUAAGAGAGCAAAUAUAUAAAUAUGAAAAUGAGAAAGCAGAAAGAGAGGGUACAGUAAGAAGGCUUCAAGAAGAACUUGCUGAUUCCCUGAAAAAACAAUCUAUGACAGAAGCUUCACUGGAGCUUACAUCACUUUAUCAAAAUGAUUUUGAAGAUAAGAAAAAACAACUGCAGAAUGAAAUAGAUCAAACAAAAAGUAAACUUAAUACUGAAAAGGAAAAAUUAAAGAAACUCAUUGAGUUAAAGCAAUCUCUGGGAAAUCGUCUAGAACAAGAAAUGAAAAGAAAUGAUGAAUUACAGAAAGAACUCAGUGGAUUUAAAAAACUGUUGAAAACAACACAAAAGAAAUUAAGAGAAUAUGAGAAAGGAAAUAUUGUUUACGAGGGGGGACUGAAGCAAACACAUUCUGAAAUGGAUAGACAAAUUAAUAGGUUAAAAAAUAAGAUUGAAGACCUUACACAACAGUUGGAAGCAGCAUCUUCAAAAUGUAAACAGUUGGAAUCAAUUAACCAAAGUCUUCGAGAAGAGUUAUUUUCCAUGAAAAUCUUGCAAAAGAAAUAUGCCAAGCUGGAAGAGAAUAAAAGACAAUUGGAAGAAGAAGUAGUUAAUCUUAAGCAUCAUUUGGAAAUUACUAAGCUAGAACACAAUCAAAUAGAACAAUAUAAACGUGAUAUUGAAGAACGAGCAAGGCAGGAAAUUGUAGAAAAACUAAAAGAAGUCAACAUAUUCUUACAGACACAAGCAGCAUCCCGAGACAACUUAGAACAAUUAAGAGAAAAUAACAAUGCUUCAAUAAGAAACCAAAUGGAGCAACGAAUUAGAGAUCUGGAAACUGAAAUCUCCAAAAUGAAAAACUCACAUCAAGACUCAACUGAGGCAGAAAUAGAGAGAUACAGACAGCUUUAUUCUGAAGAAUUAAAAAUCAGAAAAUCAUUGUCAAACAAAGUAGACAGAACUACUGAAAGGCUAGCUGAGAUGAGUCACCGACUCCUGAAUGAAAAACAAAAGAAUAAAAUUUUAAUCAACAGUUUUACUGCAAGUCCAGUUCUGGAGCCACCACAUGUUGGGAAUAUUAAUACCAGUAUGUUCCUCAGUAGAAGUCUUAUUCCAAGAGGAAAUUUAGUAUAUUCUACUGGAAACAUAGUGUCUUCAAAAAGCAGAGUGGAAGCCUACAUGACAAAGAUGCAGCAGGAGUUGGAAGAAAGUAUAGCUAGGGAACUUGAUGAAGCUACGGCUAAACUUGAAUCUAGAUCUUGAAGGACUACUAAUCUAUAUACUAAUGAUUCCUCAAGAAUGCCAAGGUUAAAUCAGGAUCCAGAAAAAUUACAUGCUUUAAAGGAAAAAGUAAUGUUCAUUUAUGAAAUUAACUAUGUUUACAUAAUAUGUAAUGGCUUUCCAUUAAAUAUAUAAAUGUGAAAAAAAUCUAAUGUAUUAGAAAAUGUGUUGUGUUGUAAGUUUUAAUAUGUACUAUAUUUAUAUAUAUGUAAAUAUAUUUGUAUGGUUCUUUAUUAAAACUUUAUUUCUUUGUAUUUGUAGCACUGCCCCCCCAAAUUGUUACUUCAUUGCAGGUACUCUAGAAACCACUAAAUGGAUUGUAAUACUUUAGUUAUCUAUCUUUGAAGGUUGUA